UUGUCAUGCCCCGGCGCGGCUACUUUUCACUCUAAUGAACGCAACAAUGUGCCUCGGCUCGGGUAAAUUAUUUCGUCGCAACGAGUGAGUUCGUAGAAGACUACAACAGUCAAGAUGGACAGUCGGCGCAUGAGUUCUCAGUUAUGGAAGGACGAAGGCAGUGUUCUGGAAGCCAUCGAUGAGUUGAUGAGUCCCAGUGAGGAAUUUAAGCUGACGGACAUUGAAGAUAAGCCCACUAAAGAGCAUCAUUAUGAUGAGGAUGACUACAAGAUGCAUCGGGGUGCUGGUUUCCCACACCACCAUCAACCACUUAAGAAGCACUAUCACCAUCGCCGUUCUGAGGAUCUACCCACCGUUGCUGAGGCACCUAAGGAGACCGAUGCCCCGGGACCAUCGACCGUACCCAAGAUUGUGGUUUCUCAAGCCGAUCGACCCCUCAAGUCCUCCCUGAAGAAAGCUUCCAUAUCUUCGGAAGAGCCAUUGCUGGGAAGUUAUGGCUUCUUCCCUAGCCUGGACACAAGGACGGCCGACUACCAGAACCAGUACCAAGAUAUCCCUCUCUCGUCGACAGUUCGAGAUUCUUCGCAGGACCAAAAUGGGCAGCAUAAAGUAGCUUUCAUCCUAGGGUCUGACGAGCCUGCACAACCGCCGGCACCGCCAAGCAUGACCGCCAAGGCAACUCAGCCACAUCGAACAAAGGAAAGGCAUCACCAUCAUCGCCGGCACAAGCGCCGCAGGUAUGUCUAUGACCCGACGUUGAUGAUCCUUCAUGAUGCCAACGAUAAGACACGCGUCAUCACUGAACCCGAGGAAGCUGUCAUGCUGCAGUCAGCUGAUCUGGAAGAUAUGGCGAGUCACAGGUUUGAAGACCCGAAAGGGAUGCGUCGCCACAAGAUCCAUGCCAAGUCGGCCACCCACCUGCCACUACCCGAAGAUGCGACCCAAGACAAGGGUUUGGGAAAGCGCCACUCUGUGGCCUACAUGAGGAAGACGUAUGACAGAAAGCCCCAUGAGAUUUUUGUGGAACUGGACGAGCUGGUCCCAGAUCGUGACACGUACGAGUGGAAAGAAACGGCCCGUUGGAUCAAAUACGAAGAAAACCUGGAAGAGGACGUGGAUCGCUGGGGAAAACCACACGUCGCGUCGCUUUCCUUCCACUCUCUCCUAUGUCUAAGAAAGUGCAUCGAGCAAGGCACGAUACUGCUGGACCUGGAAGAAAAGGACCUGACGGGCAUCGCCAACAAAGUGGUGGACAACAUGGUGCUCAGCGAACAAAUAUCGGCCGAGAACCAUGGAGCAGUGCUUCGAGUGCUGCUCUUACGUCACAGGCACGCUGCCGAAAGGGGUCUCAACACGUUUCUACGCAGAAAUUCCUCCGGGACGUUGACAGCUUUCAGGUCACUGCGGUCGGCGUCGUUAGUCAGCAAUCUGACUACGUCGUCUCAGGACCACGUUAAUGGCAACGCCGGUAAUCGAAGUAUGCCUCUACUGAGCCCGGAAACGCGCGUUUCUAUCGGGGAGAACCAAGUCGGGUGUUCUUGGGAGGAUUUGCGCAAGCCCGAUGCCAACAUCCUUCGAAGGAUCCCCGAGGACGCGGAAGCGACCGCCGUGCUCGUAGGAGGUUUAGAAUAUCUGGAUCAACCCAGUAUUGCUUUUGUGAGAUUGGCUCAGGGGCAGACCAUGCCCAACCUGAUGGAGGUACCAAUACCCGUCCGAUUCUUCUUCAUUCUCCUGGGGCCUACCGACACAGACAUGGAUUAUCACGAAAUUGGUCGUUCCAUAUCUACUCUUAUGUCCAACAAUAGUUUUCACACGGUCGCUUAUAAAGCAGAGGACCGACGCGACCUUUUGAGGGCCAUCAACGAGUUUUUGGACGACAGCAUUGUACUACCACCAGGGGACUGGGACCGCAAAUCACUUCUGCCCGUUGAGGAUAUUAAGAGGAAAUACGAAGGCAUCCGAAAACGCAAACUCCAGCAGCAAAAGAAGCCACGUAAGGAUCUCGUCGCACAUAGGUAUUCUAUGCAGACCAGUAAGACGAGCGAAAAUGUGCCGAACCAGACCAGUGCAGAGCGGUGAAAAUGUGCGUAACUAUUUGAUGCAGCCCAGGAACCAGCAGCGGUCCAUUACGAGCCCUUAAAGCGUGGUGGUCGUCUUUUCGGAGGUCUCAUAAGCGACAUGAAGAAUCGCUACCCUUGGUAUCUGAGCGACCUCAAGGACGGCCUGGAUGCCCAGUGUAUAGCCACAGCUAUAUUCAUAUAUUUUGCUGCCCUCUCCGGGGCCAUCACAUUUGGGGGAUUAAUAGGUGAUAAAACUCAUAAUUUAAUCGGCGUUUCGGAAACCUUAGUGGCCACCUGCGCCACUGGAAUCUUGUUUUCUCUCCUUUCUGGCCAACCGCUCGUUAUUAUAGGGGUAACGGGACCCGUGCUUUUAUUCGACGAACUUCUUUACUCGUUCUGUCAAGAGAACGACGUGGAAUUUUUGCCCAUCCGAGUGUGGAUCGGCAUAUGGAUAGCUAUUCUGGCCACAUUGGUGGUUGCCUUUGAAGGGAGCACUUUGGUGCGCUUUUUCACCAGGUUUACGCAAGAGAUCUUUGCUUCGCUCAUUUCUCUGCUGUACCUCUUUGAAUCUAUGAAUAAGCUCUAUGUGGUAAGUGAGAGUCAAAUGGCUUCAAAAAGACGCUCCUUCAUCUCAUCCUGCGAUUGGCAGAUAUUUGUCCAACACCCCCUGUUACCUGCAAGUGCAUACUGCGACAUAACCAACGGUACGACGAAUCUCACCAUACUCGUGGACCAAGAAGACGCCCAACGGCAACCCAAUACGGCUCUGCUUUCUUUCAUUCUCAUGUUUUCUACUUUUCUCAUGGCGGAUUUCCUGAGGAAAUUUCGUAACAGUAGCUUCCUGGGACGAAACGCUCGAAGAGCUCUCGGAGACUUUGGAAUUCCCAUUACGAUUGUCAUCAUUGUGAGCAUGGAUUAUUUUAUCCCGAACACGUAUUCUCAGAAACUUCAAGUGCCAAGCGGCCUGAGCACAAGCCGAGAGGGCCGUGGAUGGCUCAUUUCACCUAUUAGCUCGACUUUUAUCUGGUGGCACGUCUUUGUGGCUGCAGUUGGAGCCGUACUCGUCUUCAUCCUCUUGUUCCUCGAGAUUGAAAUCUGCGAAUUGAUACUAAGCAAGAAAGAGCGCAAGCUCAAGAAAGGUUCUGGUUUUCACUUGGACCUCAUGCUCAUUUGCUACAUGGAAGUGGGAUGUGCCUUCUUGGGCGCCCCCUGGGUGUGCGCUGCGACGGUGCGUUCUGUGUCCCACUUAGCUUCACUGACCGUCAUGAGUCGGACACAUGCCCCGGGGGAGUCGCCUCAUAUACUCGGAGUGAAAGAGCAACGAGUGACAAACUUCGUUGUUGCGCUUCUCGUUGGCCUGUCGGUGUUCAUGAGCCCUCUGUUGCGGGAAGUUCCAGUAGCUGUGCUCUUCGGUGUCUUUCUCUACAUGGGCAUCACCUCCAUGAUUGGGAUCCAACUUUUUGAGAGGCUUAUCCUGUUUUUCAAGCCCACCAAGCAUUUCCCCAAUGUGCCUUAUGCGCAAAAGGUGAAAGCUAUCAAGAUGCACUUGUACACUCUCAUCCAAGUGGUGUGCUUGGUCAUCUUGUGGGUGGUCAAGUCAUCGUCGCUUGCUCUCGCCUUCCCUUUUGUGCUGCUUCUCAUGAUCCCCCUGCGAAUGCAGCUCAAGUAUUUGUUCACCCAGAAGGAGCUACAAUACUUAGACGGCGAAGACGUGAGCUUGCAGUCUGACGAAGAAGACGAUCCCGACUUCUAUCAGCAGACGAUACUGCCCAGUUGAGGAAGUUAUCUCGAGACACGAUCAAAUAUUGCUUGCCUUAACACGCUCUUACAUUGUUUCUGUUAACGGAGGGCACAACACUAUAUCUUAUAGCAUAUAUUAAAAGUUGUUUUAUUAA